UGAUAAUAUACGGUGGGGAUCGUAGGUUAGGAAAAGUACUAAUCGAAUAUUAGAUACAAAUGGUGUUUAUACAAAUUCUGCUAACUGUUACAAAGUAAAUUGUGUACCUAUUCAUGAAUAUUUAUAAUGUCUAAUUCUUAUUGAGUUUUUUUUUCAACUUCAAUAUAAGAUUUUGACUAUCUUUGAGAUUCUAGUUAUAUAAGUUUUGAAAAAUUUGUAAUCAGUAUGGGUGAUGCAGAUAUGAAAACCCAUGUGCGCCCAAGAUGUUUUAUGGAUGUUGCGGUUGAUAAUAUACUUUUGGGACGUAUUGUAUUUGAAUUAUUUGAUGAUUUUUGUCCUUUAACUUGUGAAAACUUUCGUGCAUUAUGUACUGGGGAAAAAGGAUUAGGUAAGACUACAGGUAAACCAUUGCACUACCAAGGCAUCAUAUUUCACCGAGUGGUCAAGUCUUUUAUGGUACAGGCUGGAGAUUUUUCAGCUGGAAAUGGUACAGGUGGUGAAUCAAUUUUUGGAGGAACAUUUCCUGAUGAAAAUUUUGAUUUGAAACAUGAUCAACCAUUUUUGCUAUCAAUGGCUAACAGAGGUCCAGAUACUAAUGGAUCUCAAUUUUUUAUAACUACUCAACCAACCCCUCACUUAGAUGGAAUUCAUGUGGUGUUUGGAAGAGUGGUAUCUGGUCAAUCAGUUAUUAUGCAGAUUGAAGAGCUUGGGGUUGAUAAAAAUUCACGUCCAUUGCAAGAUGCAAAAGUAGUCAAGUGUGGAGAGCUUGUUCUAAAAUCAAAAGUUAAACAUGUUCAAAAUAAGGCAUCUGAUAGUGAUUCAACUUCAGAAUCUGAUAAUGACAAAAAGCGUAGACAUAAAAAAAAGAAAAAGGAAAAAGAUUCAAAAAAAAGAGAUGGAAAAAAGUCAAAUCAAUUAAAAGUUGAUAAUGGUGAAAAAGAAUCUAAUGGCCAAUUACAUCCACUUGUGUCUGUAUCAAAUAUAGAUCCUGAAGAAAUACCAUCAGGACCACCAAAUAGAUUUCUUUCACGUGGAGGACCUUCUUUAAUGUACCCUAUUAAACCUCAACAAGACUUAAUCGACAAACAAAAAAAAAAAAACAGAAUUCGAGGUGUUACUAAAUCUGGAAGGGUUGUUAAAGGACGAGGAAUGCUUAGAUUUCGUACACCUUCGCGUAGUCGAUCUAGAAGCUAUACUCCACCUCACUGGCGCCAAGAGCAAAAAAAAAUAAUCACUUACAAUGAGUUUGAAAAAUUAGAAAUAGAACGAAAAGAAAGAGAAGUAGAAAUCAAAAGACGAGAAGAAGCUAGAAAAAAAAGACAUGAAGAACGAGAAAAACAAGAAAAAGGAAAUAAGAAUGGUGAAACACCUCCAGGCAGUCCACCUAAGUGUAACAAACAAACUGAUAAAGAGGAUAUUGAUAAAAUGGCCAAGAUUGAAGACGUAUUUCAAAUAAUACGUGAUCGUAAUAUUAAAAAUGUUCGAAGUCAACAUCAUGAUUCUAAAAAAGGAGAACAUAAAACUCAUGAUGUUAGAAAGAGAUAUGAACAUGAAGAUAGUAGAAGACAUCAAAAUAAAAAAAUUGAUAAAAGAAGUAAUGACAGACAUUCAAGAUCUAGGUCACCAAGGAAAAGACAUGAAAACACAUAUACUCGAGAUAGAGAUGCUGGUAGAAAUCGUAAUAAAUCCCGUCAACAUGAUAAAUAUAAUGACCGACAUGGACAGGGAAAAAGAAAUCGAUCCAAAGAAAGAGACCAUAGUGACAAAAAAAAGAAGAAUAGUCGUAGAUCUAGUUCAAGUUCAAGUUCCAGUUCUUCUGACAACGAAAAAACUAAAAAGUAUACAAAAAAUAAAGAUGAUUUCAGUUUGUCACCGGAAAUUAAAGAUUAAAAAUAUAGUGAAAGUUAUUUGCACUCAUGUAUUUAUAUAAGACGAUUAAUGAAGAAACAAAAUUGUGACUUUAUUUUAAACAAUUAACAAUAGUUUUUCCAUAUAAUUUUUUACACUUGGUGUUUAUUUUAAUAAUUUAAGAAAUAAAAGUAAUUUCCUUAAAAAAUAAAUAAAUUUUUGUAGUAAUA